AUGUCGUCUGAUGAAGAGGACCUUGAUUUGAAUGACGAUACCACAUCGCAAAUGGAAAGCAUUGCAGAUGAUAUGAUGGACAUUGAAGACCCUUCAAUACAAAAUUCACCCGCACCCUCACCAUUGCAACCGUCUUCUUCUACCGUGGUCUUCAACAACACAAGACAGCUCAAUGAAAUGCUAGAUCCCCAACUUUUGACUUGUGCCUCUUAUGACUGUGUACCUUUAGCAGCAGCUAUUCACCCUUCACCCAUUUCUAGCCUGGCAACCACUCGUUGUUAUCGAUGGGUCUUGACGGGUUCAGAAGAUGGAUACAUCCGGAAAUGGGAUUUCUUUGCUUCGAUGAAUGGAAAGACGGCAUUGACACAAGCACAUCGACACAAUUAUGUGGAUUCAGUGACAUUGGCUGGUGUGCUGUCUAGUUGGUGGGAGAAUGAGGAAAUACCAGAUAGUGUCAAACCGACAACAACGGCGGACGGAUCAGAGGAACCCGCAGCAGCAGCAGCAGCACCCGUAUCAACUACAUUGCCACGAGAACCCAAGCUAUCACCUGUGUUCAGUCUGGAUAUCCAUUCCGAAGCACUCUGGGCAGUGCAAGGCUGUGAAAAUGGAUCUAUCAACCUGACGUCGGUUCGGCAUGAAGAAGGAAAAUGCCAUCAUGUGCUUCGAAAGCACAGUGCGCCUGUAUCGGUUUUGAUGAUCACACCAGGUGAGACGAGUGUGAUAAGUGGUUCUUGGGAUAAAUCUGUAUUGGAAUGGGACCUCAACACAGGAUCUGUAGUGAGAUCCUAUGAUGGUCAUAAUUCACAAAUCUCGUCUGCAGAAUUUCAACCCAUCUAUACGCCGUAUUCGACUACUACUACUACUACUAGUAGUAGUAGUACUAGUAGUAGUAAUCAAGAGGAUGAUGCUGCGUUGUUGUGGAAUAGGAAAAAUGAGCACGUUUUUAUGACAACAAGCAUGGAUGGUCAGUGCCUGUUGUGGGAUAGAAGAGAACCUGCUCAACAAGCGAGAAGGCUGCCUAUUCCUGACAGAACACCACCAUGGUGCUUGUCUGCAUGUUGGAAUGCAGAUGGCACCAAGAUUUAUGCUGGUAGAAGAAAUGGUACCGUCGAUGAAUAUGAUUUUGCCUCACAAAAGUGGAUACAAUCCUUCCGUAUGCCCGCCAAUUCAGGCCCUGUAUCUUGUGUCAAGAGCAUGCCGAAUGGCAAGCAUAUUGUGUGUGCCUCCAAUGAUAACAUUCGUCUAUGGAACACCACCAUAGAAUCCAACUUUACCAUUCGAUCUGAUACGGAACCUGGCUUUGCUAAACCGUCCACCAAACUCUCGUCCACCAUCCCCUUCAGCAUCUUACCGGGUCAUCAUGGCGGCACUAUCUCACACAUUUCGAUUGACCCUACUUGCAAAUACAUGAUUACAACGUCUGGUAAUCGGGGUUGGGAGGGCACAUCUACCAACGGCUGUUUGUUUUACGAUAUUUCAGCUGUCACUGCAGUAUGA